AUGAUACUAGAGGAGGGAAACCAGAGCUCUGUGACAACGUUCAUUCUGUUGGGUUUCACAGACUAUCCACACCUCCAGGCUCCCCUCUUCCUGGUGUUCCUGAUAAUCUACACAGUCACUCUGGUUGGAAAUUUUGGCUUAAUUAUAGUCACAAGGAUCAAUCCCAAACUUCAUACCCCCAUGUACUUUUUCCUUAGCCACUUGUCUUUUUUAGAUAUUUGUUACUCCAGUGUGUUUACACCUAAACUGUUGGAAAUUUUGAUUGUGGAUGACAGAAGUAUCUCCUUCAAAGGAUGCAUGAUACAGUUUUUUUUUGUUUGUGCAUUUGUAAUUACAGAAAUGUUCAUGUUAGCAGUGAUGGCCUAUGACCGGUUCGUGGCCAUUUGUAACCCUUUGCUCUACACAGUUGCAAUGUCUCGCAAGCUCUGUGCUCUCCUCGUAGCUGGGACCUAUUUAUGGGGUGCACUCUGCUCCACGACAAUCACAUAUUCUCUUUGGGAGCUAUCGUACUGCGGACCUAACAUCAUCAAUCACUUUGGCUGUGAGUACUCUGCCAUCCUCUCCCUAUCUUGCUCUGAUCCUAUCUUCAGCCAGAUGGUUUGUUUAGUCAUUUCAAUUUUCAAUGAGACUUGCAGCCUAUUGAUCAUUCUGGCCUCCUAUGUCUUCAUAAUCAUCACUAUCAUCAGGAUGCCCUCUACAGGUGGACUCCGUAAGGUCUUCUCUACUUGUUCCUCUCACCUGACUGCUAUCUCCAUCUUUCAUGGGAUCAUCCUCCUUCUCUACUGUGUGCCGAACUCUAAAAGCUCAUGGCUCUUCAUCAAAGUAGCUACUGUGCUUUUUACAGUCAUGAUCCCCAUGCUGAAUCCCCUCAUCUACAGCCUUAGGAACAAAGAUGUGAAAGAGACAGUCAAGAGAUUAAUCAACUCCAAACUAUAUUCUCACUCCAUGUAA